CAGGGAAGAUGGCGACCGCAGGGUCUGCCGAACGGCCUGGGAGACCGGCCAGCGCCACGGCCGCCGGCACGUCUCGGGCCGGGCUCGCAGCUCGGUGCCGCUCCGGGUCCAGCCCACCCGAGUACGAAUCCAAGAAGUGCACGGCGUGCGCGGAGCCCGGUGGCAGCCCUACCGGCGGACACCUUGCCUGUCUGCUCUGCCUGGCCCGCAGACACUCCGGCAGCGAGGAGCGGCUCCGCGGGAGGAGCGACCACGAGAGUAGCAGCAGUAGGCCGGGCAGGAGGGAUUGCGACAGCCGGAGAGAGUUCUUCGUCUCUCCAGCGCUCAUCCCGAAGUCUGCCGACGCUCCUUCAGGCCCGAGCGGGAAACACAAGCUGCUGCUGUGUGACGACAGAGAGGAGGUGAAGAGGAAGAGCUCUCUGAACUGUAAAGACGAGUCAGUCCGUCGUGAUGAAGAUCCGGGCGUCCUGUCUGACUCCGAGAAUGAGGAGCCGAUCAGCAGGAGGAUCCGAAACAUCUCAGCCUUCAUCAGGAAAACCAAAAACUCAUCCGCUGGGAGUUGUCAGAGGAGCAGGAGCUGCACUGACCCUGUGGAGGACGGAGGAGGAAAGAUGAAGGUUGUCACCCAGCCGGCAGCCGUGAUGGACCGUGUUGGCAUCAGCCACAGCUAUGCGGCAGGAAUCCUCCUCUCCUCUGAGAAUAGCCGCUCUAUCUCCGCCCCCAUCACUGCUCCUGAUCGGAGGCUCACCUGGCGAGCUGUGCUGACAUCAUCUUCCUCGGCUCUCCUGUGCAUGCCCCCCCCCGCCCGGAGCGCUCCAUCAGCCCCGAGAGCAACGACAGCAUCUCCGAGGAGCUCAACCACUUCAAGCCCAUCGUCUGCUCGCCAUGCACGCCACCCAAGCGCCUCCCGGACGGCCGCCUGAUGGAGCCCACCAUCGUGAAGUCCACGCCCAGGAACCUGACCCGCGGCCUGCAGAAGGCCACCAGCUACGAGGCCAGCCCUGCUGUCCUGCAGAAGUGGAGGCAGAUCGAGCUGGACCGCCAGAGCCUCAAGGUGAAC